AUGGGUAAAGGAGCUGCUAAAUAUGGGUUUAAGAGUGGUGUUUUACCCACUACUAGAUCAAUUUUGAAAAAUCCAACCAUUAAACAAGAAACCCUUUUAAAAGAAGCAAAGGCUCCCAAACCUAAAGGCUCUAAUGGUAUUGGUUAUGCUGAAGGUGUUUUGCAUCCUAAGGGUUCCCACAGAGAGGCCCAGCCUGUUAAAUUCAUCGAUGUCGAAAGAUUGAUUCAAAACACAGUACCAUCUCCACAGAAUAUUAAGCCUGUAAACAGUAAACACCAAGAGCAAAAAUUACGAAAGGCAGAAUUACGUAGACAGUAUUUGGCAGAUGCCUUCAAGAAAGAGGAAGAACGUCUCUUGAAACGUGAAGAAAUGAUCAAGAAAAGAGAACAACUAUUAGAACAACAGAGGCAGAAGGAAGUUGCGUUACUAGAUAGAACCAAAUCUUCUGAUUUGACAAUUCCUACUUUGGAACGUAUACUGGAGGAACCAUUAAUGAGACAGAGAACCGACGAGGAGAAACAAUUGUUAGAUAUGAAGAGACAGUACAAUAGAGAUUUAGUUGAAUUUAGAGCUAAAGAAAGGAAAUUAGAAAAACUGGUUGAUCUUUAUCACGUUGCGGAUGAAUUUAUCGUUACAGAGAAGCAAUUGUCACAAAAGGUGGAAGAAGCAUUCAACAAUGAAGGCUCCGACGUCUUGAGAACAAAAUUGAGUAUGGGUGUCUCGAGAAUAAGAUCCAGGAAUGAAGGUAGCAUCGGUGAUGCUCUAUUUGGUACCGUUGCUAGUGGUGAAUACGUUGGUGUACCUAUAGUGAAGGAGUUUUUGUCUGGUGAAAUGGAAGAAUUCGCUAAUGAAGUAGAAGCCAAAAACAAACAAGUCAUGGAUGAAAAAAAGAACAACGUGGACACCAUUUUGUAG